CAAGAGAUGUGGGGACUCGAGUUGCCAGUUUUGACUUGCGACUUGCUUACCAAAUACUGAAGACUGGUCUUGACUUUAGACUUGGUAGCCAAGAGACUUGACUUGAACUACUCGACUUGACAAGUCAUCUCGUUUAGAGUUGGAAAUCUGCAUUGUUGCGCACUCGCCAGUGUGACGGAGCCACCUGCAUGAACAACGAUGGAAGGAGCUCCAAAGAUAAUACAAUUUGGAUUCAAGGAUUAUGUCUGCAAAAGGGGGAUGGCAACGCGCGCAUUAAAGACAACGACGUCGAAAUUCAUCCGUUACUACAAAAUUCACAAAAGACAGAGAUGGACACACUGCGAAUUGUGCUCUACAUACUCAUCUUCCUCCUCGGUGUCUUUGGAAACCUGCUCAUCAUCAUCGUUCUGAUUCUCAACAAGCGCAUGAGGACAGUCACUAACUCCUUCCUGCUGUCACUUGCUAUCAGCGACCUGAUGAUGGCCAUCUUCUGUAUGCCUUUCACGCUCAUCCCCAACAUCCUAGAGGACUUCAUCUUUGGGGCGGCCAUGUGCAAGACUGUCGCCUACUUCAUGGGGCUCUCUGUCAGCAUCUCCACCUUCAGCCUGGUGGCUAUUGCCAUCGAGCGUUAUAGUGCCAUCUGCAACCCGCUGAAGUCCAGAGCGUGGCAGACUCGAUCCCACGCAUACCGCGUUAUCGCUGCCACUUGGGUACUCUCUCUGCUUAUCAUGAUUCCCUAUCCGGUGUUCAACAUCAUCAAGUCUUUCCCCAAGGCCAAUGGCACCGUGGGCCACAUGUGUCGCCUUACCUGGCCCAGUCAUCACGCAGAGCAAAGCUGGUAUGUGCUUCUGCUGUUCAUUCUGUUCUUCAUUCCUGGAGUGGUGAUGGCCGUAGCCUACGGGCUAAUCUCCAGAGAGCUUUACCGGGGCAUGCGCUUUGAAAUGAAGCAGAAUGAAGCAGUGACUGCUGAGCUGAUAAACGGUACUGUUGCAGAGUCAAAUGACGAGGAUGAUGACAACGACGGUUGCUAUGUUCAGGUUCCCCAAAAGGUCUCUGCCAUGGAGCUCCCUACCCUCCCUACCUCAGCGUCAUCAGCUGGUGUUUCUAUCCCGCCCAAGACGGAGCGUGCUCGCAGCAACGCCUCCAACGCAAAGUUACAGGCCAAAAAACGUGUCAUUCGGAUGUUGCUGGUGAUUGUGGCACUCUUUUUCAUCUGCUGGAUGCCACUGUACUUUGCCAACAUCUGGAAGGCUUUUGACUUGAAGGCGGCCUCCAAAGCCCUCUCGGGGAUCCCCAUUUCCUUCAUCCACCUGCUGUCUUACACCUCUUCCUGCGUCAACCCAGUCAUAUACUGCUUCAUGAACACCCGCUUCCGCAAGGCCCUACUGUCCACCUUUGCCUGCUGCUGUCGCAACCGUCUGUGUCGCAAGUGCUGCCCGUCCCUUCUGGAGGCGGGAGAGGACGGCACCACCGGCUAUUCCAUGGCGACGACCAUGGCCACUUCAGUGUCGAAGUACAGCUACACCACUGUCAGCUCCACGCCCACCUGAUGAGCCGCCACAAGACUGCAGCUUGGCGGAGUCUUUUUUGUUUGUUUGUUUUUUUACUUUUUAUUCUUCAUACUAAUGCAUUGAGCCAUGAUUUUCUUUUUCUCUGGUCAUCCUGAGAGCAUGUUGUAGAAUGUUAUAUGGAUGAAUGUGCCUCAAUUGGCAGGAAUUUGCAUUCUCAUCCUGAAGAGAAGUGCCUGAUUUUGUUGUUUUUUUGGGGGUUAUAAUUUUUUUUUUU